AUUUAUCUAAGCAUGCGCAGAAAUUGUGUACACGUUUGACAGAUAACAUCAUUCGAUCAUCUUCUACAUCUUCUUCGAAAUGGGUGGUAUAUGGAGUUACUUUUCUGGACUAUUUGGAUCAAGGGAAAGGAGAAUUUUGAUUUUGGGGUUAGAUGGUGCAGGAAAAACAACUAUUCUAUACAAAUUACAAGUUGGAGAAGUUGUCACAACAAUUCCAACUAUUGGGUUUAAUGUGGAGACUGUGCAGUACAAGAACUUGAAAUUCCAGGUCUGGGAUCUGGGAGGACAAACAAGUAUUAGGCCAUACUGGAGAUGUUAUUAUUCCAAUACAGAUGCUAUCAUAUAUGUAGUAGACAGCAUGGACAGAGAAAGAAUGGGAAUUUCCAAACAAGAAUUAUUUUCUAUGUUAGAGGAAGAUGAAUUAAAGAAAGCUGUUUUAGUGAUAUUUGCUAACAAACAAGACAUUGAAGGAGCCAUGACCCCCAGUGAGGUCGCUAGUGCUCUAGGCCUGACUUCCAUUACUACACAUAAAUACCAGAUCUUCAAGACGUCAGCCAUUAAAGGCACGGGGCUAGAUGAGGCUAUGGAAUGGCUUGCGAAUACUCUAACUCAGCAGAAAUAAAACUGAAGAAUUCCCAGGAUGAAGAAGUCCUCCAGAAAAUUGACUGCACUUGUAACGUGAACAACAAACAUUGCAGCAACACACCAGGGAGAUCACUUCUUGAAAUUUAGAUUUUUCUCUUUUCUCUCUGUGCUCUCUAUAGACUCUGUAUUCAAUUCAGAUUUUAUAUUUGUGUGCUGUGUACUGUGAAAUGACAAUAUAGUUGGAUGACAUCGAUUCAAAGACCAAGCAGCACCAAGCUCAAGUGUUCAGUGAUGACCAUUCCAUGUUGCUGCAAGAUGUGAGGGGGAUAAACAUUACAUUGUGAAAUACAUGUAUAUUUUAUGUUACAUUUUUCAUAUUUAUUUGUGUGAAUGUUGAGUGAACGGAAAUGAAUGGAUGUUGAAUGAAUGGAAAUGCAUUAUUGUCGUAUUUUUUUCCAAUAAAUUUACACUUAGAAUAAUUAAAAACUUGUGCAUAUCA